CCAAAAUCCCGCGCUGUGUUUUCAAGGAACAGAGAGCCUUUUCACUCUCAAGAAAAUGGAAUCAGCUCACCGCCCUCACCUCCUCCUCCUCCUCCUCUUCUCAAUCUUAUGCUCACCGGCGGUUUCCACACCUCCCCAUCCGGGGAAUCUCCUCUUCAUCCUCGGCGACUCCACCUGCAUCUCUGGAUCUCGUCACCGCCUUCUCCCAGAUCUCAUCGCCGAUCGGAUGGCGCUUCUUCCGCUUCCCUCCUUCUUCGAGGCGGCGAUGAUCCGAAACAUCACAAACGCGACCCUCGCCGGCGGCAUCAACUUCGGAUCGGCGCCGGCGAGGAUCAUCACAUCCGGAGACGCCUCCAUUGAAGUGAAUGGGGAGAGGCUGUUCUUUGCAGCAGAGCUCAGUCAGCAGGUGAGGGCAGCGUGCACGAGGCUCUGCAGGUGGUUUACUUGACAGGCCGGGCCCGAGGUGGGGGAUCGAGUUGUGGGGUCGGCGGUCGGUUGAUGUCGUUUGGGUCUGAUGAGUAUGUGGAGAUGUUUGAAAUUGGAGGGCCGAGGGCGGUGGGGAUUAAGUUCGGGAGGAGGGGGUUUGCUAGGGUUCUUGUUACCCAAAUGGAGCGGGCUGUGAAGAAUCUAUACAAUGAGGGUGUCAGGAAGAUUGCAGUUAUGGGGGUGGGGCCCAUGGGAUAUGCUCCGAGAAUCUUGUGGGAUGGAAGGAGGAGAUUGCACGGAAAGAAUUGCAUAGAGGAGGUGAAUGAGGUUGUAUCCAGUUACAAUGACAAGCUUGCGGAGAGACUACUAAAUCUACAAUCAAUGCUUUCAGGACUCCAAAUAGUCUUCUGUGACAUUUACCGAGGGAUGAUGGAGAUCAUUUCAAAUUCUCACACUUAUGGAUUCAGCAGUGUGAAGAAUGCAUGCUGUGGAGUUGGCGACUUUGGAGCGAUGGUAGGCUGCCAGAACCUUGAGAUGUCUUGCAGUGAUCCAUCAAGCCAUAUCUGGUGGGACUUCUACAGCACUACUGAGGCAGUGAACUCGUUGCUGGCCAAUUGGUCAUGGUCGCCACCAGAGUCUCGACUUCAAAUUUGCCAACCCAUCGACCUUCAUCAACUGCUCUCCACUACAUAGCUUCCAUGAUUUUUCCAGGUGCACUCAGUUUAAACAAAUGUAAAUGUCAUUGCUUUUCUCUGCUGGUACAUAUUCGUAAAGUGAUAUGUCAUGGUGAUUACCUAAAUAGCUCAUGCUAUUACCAUUUUCUAUAGGCUGUAUGCUUUUAAUAGUUUUGUUAUGCACAGUGGCCACUGGGGAGUAGUGAAGAUGACGAUUUGUAUUCUUGGAUGUGAUACAAUAAUAUAGCAUUUAAAAACCCGAGAAUAAAUACUGUAUAUAUUUCAAACAGGACAUGACAAGCUUAUUGUGUAUA